UGGGACGCAGCCUGCGUGCAGGACGCCAGCAGACAUAGCCGGGCUGCUGGGAGGGCGCCAGGAGGAGCUGCUUUCUCUCCACUUUACGACAACGUCUUAUUGUAGUGCCGGUGUUUCAGGCUUUCACCAUGUCGCACCCCAAUGGCAAGGCUGCGGCGGACUCAUCCAAUACCGCCAAACAAGGUCACAACACGAAGACGUUCAACUCGCCGUUCAAGGUUGAUCCGGCAAUCGACGGCAAGAGAGAUGACCCUGUGUGGCAUUUCAUCGCAGGAGGUCGUUAUUUGUAUGGGUCCACUGCGGCUGGUAGAAAGAGUGGUCAUCGCUGCCUAUGCAGGUUGUGCGGGUGUUCGAUUUGCGGGGGCGCUAAGGCCGCCAAGGAACACUUCUCGAAGAGCGAGAAGUUCAGAUGUGAGGCGGCCACUGCUGCAGUGUGGCAUACCAUUUGGUCGAAGGACAUGGCGAAAUGUCCUAAGGACUUCAUAUCGGCUAUCGAGGCAUUGCAGAUCUUACCUAACGGUCAUCCGAAGUUCCAGUGGCCACCGUUGCGAUUCCCCGAGGACUCGGCAGUGCCUGUGCCUGGGGCGGGUGCUGCUGAGGUCCCCAUUCCGGUGUCUGAUUCGUCGCCGACCCUGCUUCCGGCGACGACAGGUGCUGCUGCAGCUGAUCCUCCUAUACUUACCGGUUCGUUGGAUCCUUUGUACCGCACACGCGGCAUUGCAGUGGCCCAGAGCGCGGCACCUGCGAGUCCCGGUGGGUUGUUGGAUGUCGGGAUCCUUGGCGGGCGAGCCACGAGAGGACGUGACCAGGGCACCUAUCGGCAGCAGGUCGUCACAUCGUAUUACUCGGACCCUUUGGAGCACGUGUGGCAUUUGCAGAUUAUGCGCUUCAUCGUCAAGAGUGGGAUGACGUUCAACUGCGUGAAGCUUGAAAGCUUCAAACGCAUGUUCACUAUGGUCAUCCCCCCAGGGGUUCCAGGGGCUCCUAUGCCCAAACUGCCCACGUACCACCCAGUGCGCACGACCCUAUUGGACGAGCUGGAUGCAGAGGUCCAAAAGUGUGUUCGCCCACUCAUUGACACGGCGAGAGAGCAUGGUUGCACAAUCAUGACCGACAUCCGGGGUCAGACAAUGUGCAACUACCUUGUCGGGACGGAAUUGGGGGCAGCGUAUGUGGCCACCGACGUCAUGCACGGCAAGAAGGGCGCCACUGCGCUCGCGACCUCGUGGUUGAAGAGGGUGAAGUCCAUGGACGUGGAUUUGAGUGAUAUCACAGCUUUCGUGACAGACUCCACUGGCGUAAACGUCGCGACAACGGAGGUUUUCCAGAAGGACGAGAGCGUCAAACACAUCUUCUGGAUUCCCUGCGUUGCCCAUGUGAUGGACCUCAAUCUUGAGGACAACGGCGGGAUUGAUUGGGUGGCCGCUCGCAUCGCACAGGCGAGGUUGGUGACGAGGUUCUUCAAGCGCCAUGGCCAUGCGCGAGAGGUUUUGGAGGUCUUCUCGAAGAAGACCCUUCUGCUGCCGGCGAAAACUCGUUUCGGCACGAACGUCAUCAUGAUGCAGAGGCUCGUGGACUUGCGGGGAGACCUCACGCAGCUCGUGGGCGACGACAGGUGGCGUGAGACUGUUUGGUCGACCAACAAGAUCCGCAAGGACGCCGCAGAGGUCACUGCGUGUAUCGGGUUUCGUCCAUGGUGGGAGGAUUUCAUAGCUCUGUUUAAGAUGCUGGAGCCUAUCAUGGAUAUGUUGAGGUUGGUCGACAACGAUACACGCCACAUAAGCAAGAUUUUGCGUCGUUACGAGGUCAUGAUCGCAUCUUGCUUGUCUGCGUGUCGCGGCAUCGACCGGGAAGAGCAGGAUGCUAUUUUGGAGGUGUUCGAUAGGCGGCGCAUUAUGUUCCGGACCCCCGCCCACACAACAGCCAUGUUGUUGGAUCCCGAUGUCGGUGCGAAUACCCUUGCAAGGGUAUCCGCCCUGGGUUUUUGCUAGUGACGCAAAAAUAGUAUGGGUUAAAAUUUAAGUAUACCAUGCUAGGCGCGGCCGCGUCUGUAAUUUGCGUGGACAGGAUGGUUGACUAGAGUAAAGAGUACGUGAGCGC